UAUAAAGAGCCUUAUCCUCUGGACUUAAAGAGAGGAAGAUAAGUUUGGUUUGUUUUGUGUCGACUGUGGAGAGAAGAAAGAAAAUGGAUGGGCUUAGCCAUAUAGGUCUCCCUGUUCUGGGAAUACUCGCAGUCUCCGUCGUCACUUUCUACGCCGUCAGCUUCGCUGAGAUCAGAGAGAAAUCGUUUAAAGAUUUGUACGACUCGGAGAAUGGAGAGGGAGCAGGGUUCAAGACUUCACUAAGUUCCAGAGAGAGAAGAUUGAAAAGAGAAGCAAAUAAAAAACGUCCUCGUUCUUGAAACCCAGGGUGAUGGAUGAUGAUGAUUCGUAUUCCAUAACGUAAUCUAUGUUCUUUAGUAAAUGUUGUAACUUGUAAGAUAUGUUACUCUGAUUCAGCAGUGAUCUAUGUAUUUCGUUUUCAUGA